CAGUCAGCAUGAAAAAUCGACCAAGCACAAGCGCUGGCUAGAGGCACAGAAACAUGCCCAGGUCAUAAAUGCGGAGGUUAAAAUGGCAAUGCUGUGUGCCAAAAACAAUGUUGCUUUCAACUUCUGUGAUGACUUCAAUAAGUGUGUAGCUGAAAUGUUCCCGGACUCUGCUAUCGCACGGAUAUUCUCGGCGGGAAAAACCAAGGCUACCCAACUCAUCAAAGGUGCCAUAGCAACAGAGCUAGAUGACGAGUUGGCCAAAACAUGCCGAUCUCAGCCAUUUUCUGUGAUGUGCGACGAAUCGAACAACAGAAAAGGAAAUAAAGAAUUUGUCAUCCUAACUAGACUCUACAAUGAGGCCACUCUGCAGGUCGUUACAAGAUUCAUGGAGAUGCCUGUAUGCAACGUGGGAAAUGCAGAAAAUCUGUAUGAAAAACUGAGUGAAGCACUAAGAAAAAGGGGCAUCCCAUGGGAGAACCUGAUAGCCUUUAACUCUGAUAAUGCGAGCGUCAUGAAAGGCAGACACAACUCUGUUAUCAGCAGACUGAAACAGAGCCAGCCCCACGUCCAGGACCUCGGCUGCAUCUGCCACCUGGCACAGCUGGCCACUGGCUGUGGCACCAGAGCAGCCCAGGUACCGGUGGAAGACAUCCUGGUGGGGAUAUACACCCACUUUGAUAAAAGUGCAAAAAGAUGUGAACUCUACAAAGGGUUUGUAGAUUUCACUGAUUCAGACCACCUGAAGCUCCUCAGGUACUGCAGCACCAGAUGGCUGAGUCUGCUAACCUGUAUCCAGAGAGUGUUGAACCAGUGGGAUGCACUGCAGGCCCACUUUAACAGUCAUGAGGAGGUGGAGAGGAGUGCCAAAGUGCGCGAUCUAGCAAGCCAUCUGCGUGAUCCAAUCGUGAAGGCUUACUUCAUGUUCCUGAGUGCUGCCCUUAAGCCUUUAUAUGAAUUUAAUAUUGUCUUCCAGUCAGAGGCCGUGCAGAUUCACAGACUUGAAGAGGAGAUGUGCAGGCUGAUCAAGAGGAUCCUGGGGUUCCUCAUACCAGCCAGGGCCAUCAUGGGUGUACCUCUCAAGGAGGUGGAGUAUGGAGAAGGACAUCAGUUGGCUGACGAAGAGCUCUUUAUAGGAGCAGAAACAAAGGCAUUCAUGGCAAGGAAAGAGCUCCCUGUGUCAGCGGAGAAGAACAUCUUUCAAUCUGUGAGAAGAUUCUAUGAAGCAGUGCUUCAGAAGAUGUUCUCCUCCUUUCCUCUUGACCAUCCACUCCUGAAGGACAUGAAAGUGCUGGACCCUGCUGCUCGCCUUGACAUUACUCCAGGGACAGGUAGAUGUUAG